AGCCGGGCACCAAAGCCCGGGAGGUCAGAAUUUCGUGCCGCAGGCGGCACCGACAGCUAGGGCAGGGGUCUGGGAGGGGUGAAGAGCAAGGCAGCAAAAGCGACGUGCAGCUGGAGCACGAUCCGAGGUCUGGCAAAGAAAAGUAUCAAAAUGGGGAGGAAGCCGGGAGUGAUGGCCCACACCUAUAAUCCCAUCACUCAGGAAGUGGAGGCUGGAGGACUGCUGGGAAUUCAAGGCCAGCCUGUGCUACAUAGGGAGUACCAGGACAGCCAGGGAUACGUAGCAAGAUCCUAUCUCAAAACAAAAUAGACAAAGUGGGAGACAGUCCUGGACCAUGACUCAGCAGCCACUUCGAGGUGUGACCAGCCUCCAUUUCAACCAAGACCAAAGCUGCUUUUGCUGUGCCAUGGAGACGGGCGUACGCAUCUAUAAUGUGGAGCCGCUGAUGGAGAAGGGGCACCUGGACCACGAGCAAGUAGGCAGCGUGGGACUGGUAGAGAUGCUACACCGAUCCAACCUGCUGGCCCUGGUGGGCGGUGGUGGCAGCCCCAAGUUCUCCGAGAUCUCAGUGCUCAUCUGGGACGAUGCCCGAGAAGGCAAGGACUCCAAGGACAAACUGGUGCUGGAGUUCACAUUUACCAAGCCAGUGCUGGCUGUGCGCAUGCGCCAUGACAAGAUUGUGAUUGUGCUGAGGAACCGCAUCUAUGUCUACUCCUUCCCAGACAAUCCUCGAAAGCUGUUUGAGUUUGACACUCGGGACAACCCCAAGGGGCUCUGUGACCUCUGCCCAAGCCUGGAGAAGCAACUGCUUGUGUUCCCUGGACACAAGUGUGGAAGUCUGCAACUGGUGGUGAGCCAUCCAGAUCUGGCAAGCACAAAGCCUGGCACUUCAUCAGCUCCAUUCACUAUUAAUGCACAUCAGAGUGAUGUGGCCUGUGUGUCCCUGAACCAGCCAGGCACUGUGGUGGCCUCAGCCUCCCAGAAGGGUACCCUUAUUCGGCUUUUUGACACCCAGUCCAAGGAAAAGCUGGUGGAGCUUCGAAGAGGCACUGACCCUGCCACCCUGUACUGCAUUAACUUCAGCCACGACUCCUCCUUCCUCUGUGCUUCCAGCGACAAGGGCACUGUCCAUAUCUUUGCUCUUAAAGACACCCGCCUCAACCGGCGCUCUGCGCUGGCUCGUGUGGGCAAGGUCGGGCCUAUGAUUGGGCAGUAUGUGGAUUCUCAGUGGAGCCUGGCCAGCUUUACUGUGCCUGCUGAAUCAGCAUGCAUCUGCGCCUUUGGUCGAAAUACUUCCAAGAAUGUCAACUCUGUAAUUGCCAUCUGCGUAGAUGGGACCUUCCACAAAUACGUCUUCACUCCUGAUGGAAACUGCAACAGAGAGGCCUUUGACGUGUACCUUGACAUCUGUGAUGACGAUGACUUUUAAGAGCCCUGGCAGCUGUACUAGGAACCUGCAGUAGCAGAUGGCCAAACUGAGUCUUGAGGGUGUUGAACCAACCAGCAAGCAUUAAUGAGGCCUCCCACUCUCCACUCAAGCACAGCUGUGUCUAAAUAAACAGCUCACUUCCCCCAAGCACUUUUUCGUGACAGUGCUGAGGGCCAAGGACAGAUUCCCUGGGCCACCUAGUCUGGAAAACAUUCACUGGGACCCAAAAGGAUUGUCGGAAUCCAACCUGGGGAUUUAAAAAAGAAUACCAGGAGAUAGCCUCUGUGAUGUAUAUGAAUAAAGGGCCUUUAAAUGGCAUUUACGACUUGA